CAACGACGACCGUCUAGAGUUCAGUUCACCACCGAAUCCCUUCAAGUUACAAGUGAUAGCAUGCAUGCUAAUAUGCUAAUAUUGAGGGCGAGCGGCAAAGUUUGGGCAUCUAAAUAGAUUCUACAACUAUAUAAAGCAAUACAGUAGCAAUGGACGAAAACCGUGGCAUAAUGUGAAGUAUCGCCAGUGCAACAAUUCUAGCAAAAGUCUUUUAAUAUGGCAACUCGAGAUACACGGCAAUACCGGAGGGCUCCCAAGCAAGAGCAGGACGACGACUCUGACGCAGAGGAAUCGACUAUUUCGUUAAAGAAACCUGAUGCACGCGAGUCACAGAUCAUCCAUAGUGGUCAUUUUAUGGUGUCUUCUCCUCAUACCGAUCACCCCCCAAAGAAAGGUUACGAUUUCGACACUGUGAAUAAACAAACCUGCCAGACGUAUCAUUUCGGGAAGACUAGCACGUCGCAUCUCUCUAUUGAUGCCUCCCUGACGAAGCUCUUCGAGUGCAUGACCCUUGCAUACAGUGGAAGGUUGGUGUCACCAAAAUGGAAGAACUUCAAGGGCCUCAAGCUGCUGUGGAGGGACAAGAUUCGCCUCAACAAUGCUAUUUGGAGAGCCUGGUAUAUGCAAUAUGUAGAGAAGAGACAGAACCCUGUUUGCCAUUUUGUCACACCUUUGGAUGGCAAUAUGGAUUCGGGAGUACAUCGACCAACAGAGGCAAUAGCAACAGAAGGCAAGUACUGGAAAAGGAGAAUUGAAAUCGUCAUCAGGGAAUAUCAUAAAUGGAGAACAUAUUUUAAGAAAAGAUUACAGAAGCACAAGGAUGAAGACCUGUCCAGCCUUCUCAAGGGUGCGGAGGAACAGUUUUCGCUCUUUGGGGAAGUGUGGCCAGACACCUACCGUGUCCUCUUCUGCCAGGAUGAGGAUGUCAGUGCGGGAGGUCGUCGUAGGUCCCGCAAGAGUCGUGAUUCACCCGUUCCAAUGGAGAUGGACUCCCUUUUUGACAUGGACGUGCUCAUGUCUGAAUUCUCAGACACACUCUUUUCCACACUGGCCUCUCAUCAACCUGUAGCAUGGCCCAAUCCAAGGGAGAUUGCCCAUGCAGGCAAUGCAGAUAUGAUCCAGCCAGGCCUCAUCCCACUGCAGCCCAACCUGGACUUCAUGGACACUUUUGAGCCUCUGCAAGAUUUGUUUCACACCCUGCGUCCGCAAGCCUUCCCCUUCACUUCCCAAACUUCCCCACCAGUCACUCCCUUAACCAGCAGCAGCUCCCAAACACAGAAUCCCUUGCUGUCAUCCAUGCCGCUCUCCUCAGAGCUUCCCUCUCUGCCACUGGACUACCGCCUCAUCCCGUCUACUCCACUGCCCAGCCAUCUCGCAGUCGCCAACCAGGACAACGGUAAUGCUGCUGGCCCGUCCUACCAACAAGCCUACGUGCCUCUUUACACAGAGCAAGUGACCCCCUCCGUCCCAUCUCUCCUGCCACCACCAGCUCCACCUCUCCCACCAGGAGGUGUUUCUACAGACACUACAGUCCCUCAGCCCGACACAAACAUCCCAUCUCCUUCUGUAAUAACACACUCCGCCCCUUCCACAGUAACUCCCACUGAUGCUGCCACUACCUUCAGUCGCAGGUCCAGCUUUGAGUCUCUACAGCCUGCGGCAUCAACCUCUGCCUCCCCAAACUCACAGUCGGUCAACUUCGCCUUGCCCAAAUCCGUUCCACCUUCUGUUCCUAGCAAAAAGGCCAGACACCCACAGAGACAGAUUGUCCCGGCCAAUCCACUGCCAUCUCAACUCAUACUCACAGGUCCCGCCCGUGCUGUCAUUGUUACCUCGUCCCCUCUCAACUCUGAUGUUGUCCCCACCACUGGUUUCAUUGCCUCCUCCAGUAUUCCUUGUGGUUCUGCUGGGUUUCAUAUUCUCCCUCAGGCACAGAAGUCUCCCCAACUAAUCGUACCCAAAGAGGAAACUGCCACAAAUGUGUCCAACAGCAAGACAUCUGUGCAGUCUUCAAGUACAGCACACGACGGACGUGUUUCGGGUCAAGGGUCACCAUUGGGACCAGAACAGGUACCAAGCCCCAAGUCACCUCUCAACACCAGUGCAGGCAUGGGCAAAAAUGAAACCUGUAAGAGUCGCAGAGUGACUCACAUAUCUGCUGAGCAGAAGAGGCGAUUUACCAUAAAUGUCUGCUUCAAGACAUUGUGUAAUCUUGUGCCGACCCUCAAGUCUCAAUCAAAUAUCAGUAAUGCUGCAACACUUCAGAAGACAGUUGAUUACAUUGGCAAACUACAACUAGAGAGACAACAGAUGCAGGAAGAGACCAAGAGACUACGAGAGGAGAUUGAGGAGCUUAAUACAUCUAUAAGCUUGUGCCAGGAACAGCUCCCUGAUACAGGCGUUCCCGUCACACGCCAUCGCUUUGACCACAUGAGGGAGAAGUUCGAGGACUAUGUGAAGAACAGAACUCUUCAGAACUGGAAAUUCUGGAUAUUUAGCGUCAUUAUUCAACCUCUGUUUGAGUCCUUCAAUGGGAUGGUGUCUACCACCAACAACACAGAGCUAUGUGACUCCACCAUGCAGUGGCUGGAUCGUUAUUGUGCCCUCCCUGUCCUCCGACCUAUGGUACUCAAGACAUUACGACAGCUCUGUACCACCACCUCCAUCUUGACCGAUCCCGCACUGUUACCCGAGGAAGCCAAAAAAGCUGUUCUCAACCCAAAAAAACAUUCCUCAUGAUCCUCAGUUUUAACCCUCUGACAUUUAAAAUGUGAUUUUUAAGAUUUUUUAUCCAGGCAAAUCAGUCUUCAGGAGCCUUUUGCCUGUGGUGAGGUCUUUGCUUUGUUGUUACUAAAAACUCCACUCAAAAUGGUGGAAAUGCAAGAGAACUGCUUGAUUGUCUACUUUAAAUGUGUUCGUAGAAGUGGACAAAAUGGAGAACUCUACGUACAUGGUCAAAUUGUUUGCUUCUCUUAUGUACAGGAAGAUGCAAAUGGCCACUC